GCCCCUACAUGGAGUGAUUUAGAUACACUGCAGCACAGUCUGAGUGCAGUGGAUCCAUUUGUUUGUGUACCUGAAACCAUGUACAACAUAUCUGCCUUGUUUCUGUGUGUGUGGCAUGUGGCUGGGUUGAACUGAAUGUCUGUGGGACUUGUGCACCUAAGUGUAAGGGGUGGAGCUCAGUCUCCAUAGCCCCCUGGGGAGUACUGGGGUGGAGAGAGGCAGGUGGGGAGGAAAAUGCUAAGGAGAAGUUUGGAAGCUUCAAACUGGUCAGACGACUUUGGGAAACCUGGCAGCAAGAGCCAAGAAGGGAGAGGAGAAGAUAGGCAGACAGAGGAACAGCUGGGGACUGGAGAAGCUGACGACGGAUUCACGGCCGUGGGAUGAAGCUGCUGCCCAGGUGGAGAGCACUGCUGCCUGUGGGUCCUUGGAACAGGGCCUGGCCGUGGGCACAGCAACCCAGAAGAACCGCUCACACCUGUGCCCCAAAGAUGAGGGCCCAGGAGGACCCCGAGGGCCAGACACAGCAUGAGUCCCUGGGCUCAGCAGGGACCUCCACGAGGGAUCCCACGAUGUCCCUGCCUACAGAACCCAAGUUUGACAUGUUGUACAAGAUUGAGGAUGUGCCACCCUGGUACCUGUGCAUUCUGCUGGGCUUCCAGCAUUACUUGACAUGCUUCAGUGGCACCAUUGCUGUGCCCUUCCUCCUGGCUGAGGCACUGUGUGUGGGCCGCGACCAGUACAUGGUCAGCCAACUCAUCGGUACUAUCUUCACCUGCGUGGGCAUCACCACCCUCAUCCAGACCACACUGGGCAUCCGGCUGCCGCUGUUCCAGGCCAGCGCCUUUGCAUUUCUGGUCCCAGCGAAAGCCAUCCUGGGCCUGGAGAGAUGGAAAUGCCCCCCAGAAGAGGAGAUCUACGGUAACUGGAGUCUUCCCCUGAACACUUCUCAUAUCUGGCACCCACGGAUACGUGAGGUCCAGGGUGCAAUCAUGGUAUCCAGCAUGGUGGAGGUGGUGAUCGGGCUGAUGGGACUGCCUGGGGCCCUGCUCAGCUACAUAGGGCCUCUCACGGUCACGCCCACGGUCUCCCUCAUUGGCCUGUCUGUCUUCCAAGCUGCUGGCGACCGAGCUGGCUCCCACUGGGGCAUCUCAGCUUGUUCCAUUCUCCUGAUCGUCCUCUUCUCCCAGUACCUGCGUAACCUCACCUUCCUGCUGCCUGUCUACCGUUGGGGCAAAGGCCUCACUCUCUUCCGCAUCCAGAUCUUCAAGAUGUUUCCUAUUGUGCUGGCCAUCAUGACCGUGUGGCUGCUCUGCUAUAUCCUGACCCUGACGAAUGUGCUGCCCUCAGACCCCACAGCUUAUGGAUUCCAGGCACGAACGGACGCCCGAGGGGACAUCAUGGCUAUUGCGCCCUGGAUCCGCAUCCCCUACCCCUGUCAGUGGGGCCUGCCCACAGUGACUGCGGCUGCUGUCCUGGGAAUGUUCAGUGCCACACUGGCCGGCAUCAUUGAGUCCAUCGGAGAUUACUAUGCUUGUGCCCGCCUGGCUGGUGCACCACCCCCUCCAGUACAUGCUAUCAACAGGGGCAUCUUCACGGAAGGCAUCUGCUGCAUUAUCGCAGGUCUGCUGGGCACAGGCAACGGGUCCACCUCGUCUAGCCCCAACAUUGGCGUUCUAGGGAUUACCAAGGUGGGCAGCCGGCGCGUGGUGCAAUAUGGUGCGGGCAUCAUGCUAGUCCUGGGCACUGUUGGCAAAUUCACCGCCCUUUUUGCCUCGCUCCCUGACCCCAUCCUGGGGGGCAUGUUCUGCACCCUUUUCGGCAUGAUUACGGCUGUGGGGCUAUCCAACUUGCAGUUCGUGGACAUGAACUCCUCUCGCAACCUGUUCGUGCUCGGAUUUUCCAUGUUCUUCGGGCUCACGCUGCCCAAUUACCUGGAGUCCAACCCCGGCGUCAUCAACACAGGGAGCCCAGAGGAACGAGGUCUAAUACAGUGGAAAGCUGGGGCCCAUGCCAACAGUGAGAUGUCUACCAGCCUCAAGAGCUAUGACUUCCCCAUUGGGAUGAGCAUGGUAAAGAGGACUGCCUUUCUGAAAUACAUUCCUAUCUGCCCAGUCUUCAGAGGAUUUUCAAGGUCAAAAGCCCAGCAUCCAGUUCCAGAAGACACUCCAGAUAAUAUACAUACUGGGUCUGCGUGCACCAAAGUCUGAAAAAUUACUUCUAGGAAAGGAAGCAAGGUUUGUAAAAGGAAAAGAAAACUACAUGGGGAAUGAGAAGACCCUAAGAUGGAAUUCCAGCUCUGCUCUAAACUAACUUCCUAUGAAAGCCUGGAUAAGUCACUCUCUUUGAAACCCUAUUUCUGCAUCAGUUAGAGGAAGAAUGGGCCAAAGUCUUUAAGAGCCAGUAUUCUAGAUCUCUAAAUCUUGACUUUCCUAAGCAGAUAUGUCAGACAUUCCACAAUAGGUGGAAAUCUGCUUCCACCAUAGUUGAUAAAGAUGAAAAGAAAUCAAGAUGUAUUACAGGGCCUGAAAUGUCAGAAUACUGGUAGGCUUUUAGAUUGAAUAUGAUCCCCCUAUGCCACUUACUUCAUGACCAAAGUAUAUUAAAUAACAUCUUGAAGCAACAAUUUAAUAUUAAUUUUAUAAUUUAUACACAGCCAUUUCCUUGGACAGGACAUACUCUCACUUCUCUCAAGGAAAUCUAUCUAAACUUUAAAAGUGUGAAGUUUAAAUUAAAAAAAGCAUUGCACAUUCAAGAACAAUCUCAAAUAGACCAAGAAGAACAAGCCAGUUUCUAGACAAUGAAAUUGUAUUGGGUCCAGAUUAAAGUUAUACAUUAUGACCAGCAAAGGACUUCACUCAUCAGAGCAACCAGGAUUAUUUGUGGAAUGACUAAUGUAGUCAUAAGCAAGCAUAUCACAACAUACUAUUGAGAUCACACAUCUGCUCAACUGGGUUGUCAUUUACUACAACAAAUCUGUACUACAAUGUAAAUUUCAGUGUUCUCCAUACAGCCCUUUAGAAGAAUGGUUCUCAAAUGCCUGAUGGGGCAGGCUGGCAGUAUGCCCUAGGAGUGCUUUUUAUGCCUAGACAACUGGUUUGCAAGUCUGGGAUCUAGCUAAGAGACUUAUUUUUGGUUUUAAUCCUUCACAGGUAAUUAUGAUAUAUCGCCAGGUUAGGAAAUCAAUGCACAGUGAAAAAAAAAUAAUUGCAAAAAAUAUUUGUGAGUCUAGGAGUAAAUCCCAGAGAACUAUAUUGUAAAAGCAAGUAGAGACUGUCAAUAUGGACAGAAAGGUCACCAUUGUGACUUUAGAUCAUUUUAUCUUAAUUUUAGCAAACGAUUCAAACGAUUCAUCAUGUUCUAGUCUAGCACUGAUGCCUAUUUAUCUUAAUUCCUGAAAAAAUUUACUGCAAAUGUACCUACCGUCCCCAGCAAUGAGACAUACAGAGUAGGUAAAAAUGUAAAUAGGUUUUUGUUCCUUUUCUGCCAAGAGCUUGUAAAAGUCCAUAUUAAAUCCCAGUUCCAAAUGGAGUUAGGGUAACUCAAUGAAAAUCUUGGGGCAGGAAAAAAAAAAAUCUCCAAAUUUUCACCUUUCAGAUAAAAAUGUGCAAAUUUCGCCAAAUGUUUAAGAAAAAAUUAAUGAGCAAAACUUCUUCAUCAAGCUACUUUUGUAUAGGCAAGUCACAUGGACAUACCAUAUACUUCUUUUGGAUUAAAGCUUUAAGAUAUUUACAUAUCCUAGGGUAAUAUAGUUAUCAAAACUAAAAGUAGUGGCAAGAAGUCUGUUAGCAGUCUCAGACUAGCUCCAGAGUGUUGCCAGAAGUCACUCUAAGUCAUAAGUGAGACUGAGAGGCCCCUGCUUCCAUAGAAAGAAGCAGUACAAUUUCUGAAGGGGAAGAAAUGUAGAACUCUUGUUAAACAGAUACUGCUGGCUUUUCCACUUAAGGGAAAGAUGAGCUAGUUUUUUAAAAAGAUGAAAAAUAACUUUUUACCACAAGAUCUUCCAGAGAAGAGCCAUCACUGAUAACAAGGUCAUUAAAUUGGUCUUGGAUUUGGUCCAUAGUUUGUGGGAGAUCUCGAGCUGGAAUAAACCACUCAUGUUCCUCUUCUUCUUCCAGCAUUUCUUGGAAACAGCGUUCAAUAAAUUCUUCUUCCCAUAACUCCUCUUCUAUCUGGAUUUAUAAUAAAUAAAGCAUCACUGAUAGCACA